UGCAAACGACGCAUACGUCAGCGUGGCCAGUAAACCGUCGGCUUAGUCGACAUUAAAAAAGUUUUCGCUCAGCGCUGGGUGUGUGCGUGUAACACAACAAAUGCGGACUAGAAAAAAGAUUGUAAAAGUGGCCACGAGUUGAGUUGGCUUUAUCAGGUUGCUCUAACUAGACCGAUUCGCUCGCAACAGUAUCUACCAAGUGAAGAAGGCCGUUUGUGCUGUGCUGUGUGCGUCGCCGAAUUCCGAAAGCCACCAUGAGCUGGUUCAGGCUGAAGAAAAAGGACAACAAGCGGAGCGUCGACUCUGGAGUGAUUGAAGAAAUUGGACAGCCGUUUCAAGUGUCUCACGUUGUUCACGUCGGCUACAACCCAGCAACGGGAGACGUCGAAGGACUGCCUGAACCAUGGCUGAAACUCUUGCAACAUUCCAACAUUUCCGCCAAGGAACAAAGCAAACACCCAACUGCUGUUCUACAAGCCCUAAAGUAUUAUCAACAUUCCAUAAAAAACAAGAAUGGUGUGGCCAAGUUUCUGGGUACAAAGGAAACUGUGGAACAAGAAUCAAAAGAGAUCGCAGACACUGUUCCAGAAAUGAGCGAUGAUGAAGGCUUGGACGAACCACCCGAAGAAGAGCCUGUACCAUCAAAAGCACUGCCCAGAGACGAGGACCACAAACCCCCAGUUGCUCCACUCGCGUCUCCAGUAAUGCGAAGUAAACGAGAAGAAGCGCCUCGAGUUUCUGAAGAAGAGGUCAUGUUGCAGCUCCAAAGUAUAGUGAAUCCUGAAAACCCAAGAGAACGGUAUUCACUAAUGAAUAAAGUGGGCUCAGGGGCGUCGGGUACAGUGUACACAGCAACAGACCGUCGGACGCAGCGCAAGGUGGCCGUGAAGACCAUGGAGCUGGCCCAGCAGCCCAAGAAGGAGUUGAUCCUGACCGAGAUUGAGGUGAUGCGGCAGAACAAGCACCCCAACCUGGUCAACUUUCUGGAUGCCUAUCUGGUCGACGGGGACCUGUGGGUGAUCAUGGAGUACCUCGAAGGUGGUGCUUUGACGGACGUUGUGUCGGAAACUGUGAUGCGGGAAGAACAGAUGGCUGCCGUAUGCCUUGAGGCGACACGGGCCAUCGCGUUCUUACAUUCUCAGGGCAUCAUCCACAGGGACAUUAAGUCUGACAACGUGCUGCUUGGAAUGGAUGGUGCGGUGAAGGUGACCGACUUCGGUUUUUGUGCCCAAAUCCGUCCAGACGAGAAGCGGCACACCAUGGUGGGCACACCUUACUGGAUGGCACCGGAAGUGGUCACCCGAAAGCAGUACGGACCAAAGGUAGACGUCUGGUCACUGGGAAUCAUGCUGAUAGAAAUGAUGGAUGGUGAGCCUCCCUACCUGAACGAGACUCCCCUGCGAGCCCUCUACCUCAUUGCGACCCACGGCAAGCCACACAUAAAAGAUCGGGAACGGCGAUCUCCACAGCUUCUGGAUUUCCUCGACCGGUGCCUUGAGGUGGAUGUUGAGAAGCGUGCCACAGCGCAGGAAUUGCUGGAACACCCGUUCUUGCAGAAGGCAGCCUCACUAUCAACCAUUGUGCCUUUGAUAAGGGCCGCCAAGAAAGUGCUCAACAAGGCUUGAUUCUAAGCGCGAUAUCUUUUUCCACGAGACCACCAAUCAAUGGAAUGAAAACCGCCAGCACCGCCAGACUGGUUGACAUGGCAACCACGGUUCCACGGGUGCCAUAUUUCCAGACCAUUUUUUUAGAAUCGCGAAGCACCAAUCUGUCUUUUAGCAAUGUGUUGUAAGAGCGUGGUGUCCUUUUUACAUAUUCAUCCGGGAUUUCAGCAUCCUGUGAGACUGGCAAGUGAGGCCUGUGUUUUUUCGUCUCAAACGUGCAGGGCUUCCUUCUCUUCACGUGCCUUCUUUUGAUCUUCAUUAAACUAAUAUUUCGCAAUCGUAACCGCAGUGCUAGCCACUGCCAAGCCGAACAUUUGCUCAUUGAAGAAGGCUCGAUAACUUAAAAGAUGUAAACACUUCUUUCUUUACAAUUGUAAUUCGUUUGUUUGUCUUCUUUAUUAAGAUUCGUCAAGGUUCUGCUACUUAGUGUGAGCAGAGAUUUUGUUUUACGAGACUGCCAGGCUCGAAGAAAUGGGGGGCAGUUUAUGCAUUCUUGAAUUGUUUCCUGGUUUUGGUGACGACCUCUGUACAAGAAUGUUAAAGCCCAUCUUGUACCAGGGCUUUAUGCUGCAUUGAAGACCUCCUGUUUUGGUGAGAAAUUUGAAACUUUUCUGCAUUUCUUGCAUUGUUUUUAAUCAAGAAUGAAUGGAAUUCUCUACUUGGUGCUUGAUGUUCGCACAAAGCCCAUGUUUUAUAUGUACGAAAAAAAUUCUGAGCUCGGGGAAACGCUCGCUGCCAUCGAGUGUGUUCCUUCCUACUGUAGCGGAGUCUGCUAUGGUUUGUGUUCAGAUUCUCCGUGUGCCUAAUGACCAAUCGUGUGUGACUCUUUGUCUAGCUGUCACUCCUCUUCAGUAGCAGUACUCGAGAGUAAGAUGAAUCUAUGCUAACCUCACCGUGCAAGUUUUAUCUUAACACUUCAUCAUGCUACCGUCACUGCUGCCAAGCUUUACGGGGUUGCUGUGAUCAUUCAAGCAGCUGCGUAUCAGCUGCGUGCUGUUAUUAACAUUUAUCACGUAAUCCCUUUUGGAACACGCAACAAUUGACCGUUGUUUCUCUGGCUCACAAAUGUGUCGGCCAGACACAUUGAAGCAUUUGUUGCACGCUAUUUAAUUUACUCGUUCUACCAAUUGCACUGUGUGAGCACUGUCAUUCCUGGAAGAUAGUAGCAAUAACGUUUGAGCCUUGAUGAAUGAACUCUCGUGUGUUUACCUCAGUUUGUGCACAUUUGAACAAGGAUGAAAGAGUAUGCGUUGCGAGUACAACAAGCUAGUGCACAGCUUAUCGUGUCUGUGCAUGUUAGGGAGCACUCCAUCAGCUUGGUUGUCAUACCGUGUCUUGCCAUAACCAAUGUCUGACAAGCCUCUGGCAUUUGAUGAUUCUGCCAGUUUUAAUUCCUGUUGGCUCAUUGGUAGACUUGCUGCGAGUAUUCAGUACGGUGUUUUAGCUUACGUUUGAUAAUUUGAAAGAUAAUUUGUCGUGAAUUCUUACUGCCUCGAUGUUGACGUAUUGCACAGCAGUGGAACUCUUUCUUCUUUUCAUGUGUGAAUUUCUGUCUGUCGACUUUCAGUUGUUGUUUCUUGGAGGCCAUCUUGGAAGAAAAAGGUCACACUCUAGUCAAACUCGCUGGCGUGCAGUGAGCACUUACGUUAUCAUCUCUUGCUUUUUCUAUGCAAUUAUGUAUAAGUAUAUAUUGAUGAGAGAAAUAUUUUUUUCCAUCUUCCAAUUGUGUAUUUUUGAUACCUUGUAAAAAAAAUAAUAAAUUUUUUUCUUUUAUCUUAGUC